AUGACACGUUCAAACAGUGACGAUGAUAUUUGUCUCCGUUCAAUGGCUACAUUAAUUCAUUCAAAACUAACAUCUCAUGGUGCCGAUGACAUGUGUUUUGGUGCACGAGAUGAUGGUUCAUCGAUGUCAUCAUCAAAUGAAUAUGUUGCAUUAUCAUCAUAUCCAAAUACUUCAUCAGCUAUAGCAGGUACAACAAGAGGAUAUUUAUCCGAUCGACAACAUGUUACAGCAACGUCAGAACAACAACCAACUAUUGCUCAUACAUAUGAAUUAUCAUUACCAAUAAAACUUCCUCCGGGAGAAGAUGAUAUUCCUGGUACGAUUGUUGAUAUGAGUGGUCGAAUAUUAUCUGGUCAAACCAUUGAUGCUUUUGUAAUUAGUGUUUCACAUGCUCAUCCGAUUUAUCUUGGGUUAAAUUGUGCUUUGGGUCUAAAAGAAAUAAAACAAUUGAUUAUUUAUUGUAUUAAUUUAAUAAAUAAUUUAUUUCUAGGUCUACCAAAUACAUUUGGUGAAUAUGAUGAAACACCUGAAUCCAUGACUCAUCAAGUAGGUCAUUGGGCUCAUGAUGAAUUACUCAAUAUUGUUAGUCGAUGUUAUGCAUCAAUACCUGAUUAUAUCAAAGCAAUUGUUGAAAGUAUUAAACAAUAUCUACUAAGAAAACUACCGAAAGAUUUACAUACAGAAGAAAUGCUUCUUUCAGGUGAUCUUAAAUGUACACAAGGAAAAUGUAUUGUUAAUUUAAUAUCAUUAAAAGAAAGUGAACAAAAUUUUCUUGAUAAAGCAAGAAAAUGUAAAAACUAUGGAGCUGCUGUUAUUGUUAUAGCAUUUGAUGAACAAGGACAAGUAAGAAAAUGGAUAUUAUAUAUUUUUAUAGAAGAAUAUUUGAUUUAUUUAAGGCAACAGAUAUUGAACGAAAAUGGACUAUGUGUAAGUUAUGAUUUAUUAGUUAAUGUUGUAAAAUUUAAUCCGAAUGAUAUUAUAUUCGAUCCGAAUAUUUUGACAACUGCAACAGGAAUGGAAGAACAUAAUCAAAUAUGCACACAUGUACCUUUAUGUAUUGAUUCUUCAAAUUUUACUGUUGUUGAAGCUGCUCUUAAAUGUACACAAGGGAAAUCUAUUGCUCAUUCAAUAUCAUUAAAAUAA